AUGGCUUCUCCAGUUCCCCGAGGUCUUCGCCAGGUGCUCCAGAAGGGCCCUAACGACAUUGUCAUUCUCUCCUCGCUGCGUACACCCGUCACUCGCGCUAAGAAGGGUGGAUUCAAAGACGCAUACCCAGAAGAAUUGCUCGCCAGCGUGCUCCGCGCCACAUUGAAGGCCAACCCUAACCUGGACCCUGCCUUGAUCGACGAUGUGACCAUCGGCUCUGUUUUGCAGGAACUUGGUGGUGCCAAAGCCGGUCGUAUGGCCCAGAUCCACGCCGGAUUCCCUCAUUCAGUCCCCUUCAACACUAUCAACCGUCAAUGCUCGUCCGGCUUGGCAGCCAUCACAGCCAUCGCGUACGGUAUCCGCGCCGGCGCAAUUAACGUCGGUAUUGGCGGUGGUAUGGAGUCCAUGACCCGCAACUACGGCUCGCGUGCCAUCCCGACAGUACUCUGGCCCGAGCUGAAGGAGUCGCACUCCCAGGACGCUCGCGACUGCAUCAUGCCUAUGGGACUUACCUCCGAGAACGUCGCCAAGCGCUACGGAAUCACUCGUGCAGACCAGGAUGCGUUUGCCGUUGCAUCGCACCACAAGGCGUCUGCCGCCCAAAAGGCGGGCCGUUUCGAUAGCGAGAUUGUCCCCGUUACUACCAAGUCAUACAACGCCGAGAACCCUGAUGCUCCCCCCGAGGAGGUCACAAUCACCCAGGACGAUGGUAUUCGCCACACCAUCUCCGUUGAGAAGAUGUCGACUCUCAAGCCUGCUUUCGCUGCCGACGGUGCCAGUACCGCCGGUAACAGCUCGCAGGUCAGCGACGGUGCCGCCGCCGCGUUGCUGAUGCGUCGCUCCACUGCUCAAGAACUCGGUCUCUCCGGCGCCAUCAAGGCCCGCUGGGUCGCCACCGCCGUCGCUGGCUGUGCCCCCGAUGAGAUGGGUGUCGGCCCUGCCUAUGCUAUCCCCAAGCUGCUGGAAAGCGUUGAUAUCACUGUUGAUGAUGUCGGUGUCUGGGAGCUUAACGAGGCUUUCGCCUCCCAGGCUCUCUACAGCAUGCGCAAGGUCGGCAUUGAUGAGUCCAAGGUUAACCCCAACGGUGGUGCUAUUGCUAUCGGCCACCCUCUCGGUGCUACUGGUGCUCGCCAGCUUGCUGACCUCCUCCCUGAGUUGGAGCGCAGCGGCAAGGACAUUGGAGUGAUCAGCAUGUGCAUUGGUACCGGUAUGGGUAUGGCUGGUAUGUUUGUUCGCGAGUAA